AAUACAAUUUUAAUUAUUAUAAACAAUAAUGAAUUUAAACAAAGUUUUUAUCUUCCUUGCCAUGAUUUUGGUGGCAUUUGUUGGUCAAAGUCAAGGUGGUUGGUUGAAAAAGUUUGGCAAGAAAAUUGAACGUGUUGGUCAACAUACUCGUGAUGCCACCAUACAAGCCAUUGGUGUUGCUCAACAGGCAGCAAAUGUUGCAGCAACUUUAAAGGGCUGAUUACCUUCAAGGAUUGACUGAAUUUUCGUGUACAUAUUAGUGAUUUAGUAUUAGUUUAGAAAUUCCUUAUGUACAUUUUAACUGCAUUUUAUUUUAAAAUUAA